CAGCUGGUAAUAUGACAAAAGCAUUGCAAAGAGGGAUUUGGUCUACUCCUGGAGUUUAUAGAAAUUUUCCUGGAGGAAGCUAAGUCUGGAGAUCUGCAGCAUAGUGCAGCCUUGGCUUGACUGUCUGGGACAGCUUCUGCUUACAGAUCCCUGAAAAGUGUACAGCAUGGAUAAGGAUCUUGUGUGAGUGGUUGUCACACUAAUGAGGUGGAGAAGAUGACUCUUGGCAGAGGCCUCCUCUGUGUUUUCCAGGUCAGCGCCAGUGGUUUUCCAGGGGAGCUCAGGAGCUGCCAGCAGCAGCUGCUCUGGGGUGGAAAUACCCCUCUUUUUAAGCUUUGUUCAAAAGGCUGGAGAAGGACAGCUGAUGCUGAGCAGGACAGGGAUAAGACCUCUGGGGAUGGAGUGCUGUGGGAGAUACCCUGUGGUCUGUCCAAGCAUCACUAUCCACACAGUGUGUGUGCACUUAGAGACCUCAGAGCACUUUAGGGGGUAUUAGUGGCUUUUUCACUGCAUGUUUAGGGUUUUGAUGUAAACUUUCAGUUGUAUUCUGUCUGUUGUAGGAAUGGGGGGAGGGAUGGGUUAUUUUUAAUAGCUUUACAAAAAGGUGUUGAAGGCAAGGAUGCUCAUGAGCAUGUUAGUCCAUGGUGCUAUGGUCUGCUAGGCUUGGUGAAUAUUUAACGAGGACUGGACCAGCAGCCAGGAGCUGUUUGGGCUCUUGGGAUCUGUUGGGAUAACUGAUUUUCAGUGUGUGGAGACAGACGACUUUCAAGAACAUUUGUAUCUGCUAAUCAUGCUAUAAUAACAGUCUGCAGUUGAGAGGCUGCAAACCCCCCAUUUCCAACACAGCUGUGCAUAUUUAAUUUGAUAGAAGGCAUUUCUAGUCUGCUGUUAGAAGUAAUUCAGAUCGCUAAGGUGGUAAUUUUGAUCAUGGUGUUUUUUAGGGAAAUAUAGGUGUAAGCUACACUGAAAAGUUAAUAAAUGCCUAGUAUGAUACAAACAGCAGGGAGUGAGUAGCAGGGCCAUGGUGGGUGUCUGCCAGUGCCCCACCCUGCAUCCUGGGCUUGCUGUAUUCCUGCCUUGCUGAGCCAGCAGCAAAGGAAAGCAACAUCCUGGGCACGUUAGCUUGUGAAGGAAGUUUUUCCUGACCUGUUGCCUGUACCACCAAUUUGGGGCAUUGGGGCAGUCAGGCCAUUUGAUGGAUCAGCAGUGCUGUGGGAGCUGGCAUGACCUGCUCCAUGGGGAUGCUUUCAGCUGACCCCAGGAUUUAAACCACCAAACUGACAUCUUCAGGAAAAGAAGUCAGGAGGAAUGUGUGGUUUAUUUUCCUUCAAGCAUAGCCUGGGAAAACAAGUGCUUUCAGGGCCUACAAUGCAGUUUCUCUCUAUAAAAUAUGCUUUUGCAAAAUUGAUGGUUUCUGUAGGUUGAAAGAGUCUCAAAGGAACUUUUCUGUCAAGCAUCUAAAAAGUACCAUUAUUUUUCUUCCCUGUUUCAACGGCAGCUUGAGAUUUACCUUUUAGCUCUCUGAAGAUAUCUCGAAAAUCUCUCUUUUUUGUAAAAAACUCCAUGGUGAAUAAAGCAAAAUAAUCCCAUUUUCAGGUGGUUUGUGCUUUAGUGUUUGGGUUGCAGAAACCAUGUGGAGUGCUGGUGUUUAUAAAGUACGUAAAAGCCUUUUUGUUUAUUUUGUUUUGUUUUGCCAUGAGAUGUUUUUUUGGAAAGAAUCUAGAAUGAUGAAGCAGCUGGUGGCUGAGUCUCCUGCUCAGUGUGCAGAGAAUGAAGAUUGGCUGGGAUAGCUGGAGUUAUUCACUGCAUGCUGUGGGCCACGUAAACACACAAACAGGCAAUUCCUGUUAACCAGGAGGAGUGUGGUAACUCAGAAAGCACCAUUAACUGUUCUGUACGUGUACUCACCAUGACACCACAUGAGAGCCAGCAGAUACUGAUCUCCCCAGCUCCUGUCCAUUACUCUGUGGGUGUUGGUGUGGCACAGCCCAUGUGGGUGAAAUGAUGAUGGCUGUAGGAAUGUCUCCUGUGUAGAGGGGAGGUCUGCUGUGAAUUUGCCCAAUCCCAACAUUGCAAUGCAUUUCAGGGAAGUGGUGUUUUCAUGGCAAGGAAAGCAGCUUCUCCUGCCUUGUGCUGCCUUGGAAUAAGCAUGUCCCCAUGGGAGGCUGUUCAAGAGCUGCCUACGGCAGGGAUGCUCAAGACAAACAAACUCAGGCAAGAGUUUUCAAUAGUAAUUACCUACCUAUUGAAAAAAGUUGAUGUUUCUAUAUGAAACAUGUUUGUGACUCCUUCAAUUCACUGUUGCCUAACUCUAAGCAUUCUAAAGCAGUAGCAGAUCUCCCAGAACUGUGAAAUAGUUUGAAAGAUCUGAAAUAUGUAUGUGUGUGUGUAUAUAUAUAUAUAUAUAUAUACACAUACACAUAUAUUACCAACUUGUUUCUGAGCUGUUAUAUUAAAUCCAAAUCAUAUUCUCAUAGCCACGAGGGGUAGAAACUUUUUGCAUACUUUCUGAAGAGGAUCAUGCAGUACAAUUACAAUAGCAAGGGAUUGGCUGUAAUAACCCUGAAGAUUUCCUUCUGCUUUAUGUUUCCAAAAGUGGAGAAGAUCCUUGCAGAAGCUUCACCAGCUGGGUCUUUAGGAGAAGUACCAAAAAUUGUGAUGGUAUCAGAAGUACUGCUCACCUUCUGAGAAAUUCCCAGGAUGUAAGAAAUCAAGUGUUGUCAUGCAGCUGACAGGUCUGCUGGCAGAGCUGAUGGUCAGAGCCAGGGCAGAAAUUCUUUAAACAAAACAGUCAAAUAGUCAGGGAAGUUUGGAGCUGUUUGCAAGAUCUGCUGAGUUGGUUGCUCACCUUGUUAAAAGAAGUCACCAUUUGGGACAACAACAGUGCCAGCAGCUGCCAUGGCCAGCAAAAGGAAGUCCACAACUCCCUGUAUGGUGCGAACCUCUGAAGUGAUGGAGCAGGAAGGUGCCGAGGGCGUGGAGACCCCUAAAGACAAAGGGACUGGUGCAUCGCAGCAGGACUCCAAAAAAAAUUUGCCUUCAGAAAACUCAGUCAAAGACUGCGAAGUGGUCGAGGCAAAGCCCCCAGCUGAAAAUCAGUCUAAGAAACCCCAGGGUGGUUAUGAGUGUAAGUACUGCCCUUACUCGACACAAAACCUAAAUGAAUUCACAGAGCACGUGGACACUCAGCAUCCAAAUGUCAUUCUCAACCCCCUGUACGUCUGUGCUGAAUGCAACUUCACAACCAAAAAAUACGAUUCUUUAUCUGACCACAACACAAAAUACCACCCAGGAGAGACUAACUUUAAACUGAAAUUAAUUAAACGCAAUAAUCAGACUGUUUUAGAGCAGUCCAUUGAGACCACCACUAAUGAUGGCACUGUCACAGGCAGUGGGCUAGAAAAUGCAGAGUGUGAUGAUUCGCUUCAUGGGGGAAUCAGUGCAAACAAAAUGCCAGUGAUGAAACCAGGGAAGCCUAAAGGGGAAACCAAGAAGGGAUCUAAAAAGCCAGAAGAGGGAGUUACGGAAAACCACGUGGAUGGCGCUCUCCCCCGCAUCAUAACUGAAGCCACUGAAGCUAUUGCCUGUAUAAAUGGAGACCUUCUCCAUGAUGUGUUAGCCCAUGUUAUGCCCUCUGUACAGCUGCCACCAAAUAUCAACCUUGUCCCCAAGGUCCCAGUCCCUCUGAACAGCACCAAAUACAACUCUGCACUGGACACUAAUGCAACCAUGAUCAACUCCUUUAAUAAGUUUCCUUACCCAACACAAGCAGAGUUAUCAUGGCUGACAGCAGCAUCAAAACAUCCAGAAGAACAAAUCCGAAUCUGGUUUGCUACGCAACGUUUGAAGCAUGGUAUAAGCUGGUCUCCUGAAGAAGUGGAGGAAGCAAGGAAGAAGAUGUUCAAUGGUACUAUCCAAGCAGUUCCCCAGACCAUCACCGUCCUGCCAGCCCCUUUGGCAACGGCAAAAAUGCCACAGCCUAUCAUCCAGACAGCUUUGCCUUGUCAGAUACUGGGCCAGACUGGCCUGGUUUUGACUCCUGUGUCAAAUGGUUCAACUGUUUCCUGUUCACCAAUUACACUUGCUGUUGCCCCAAACCAGGGGCAAAAGAGGACGAUACAGACCUUAUCAAGUGCCCCAGAGGCCAAGCGUCCUCACAUAGUUCAGGUGCCUGAGAUUCCUGCCAAGCUGACUGCUGUUCCUGUGACACUGGCCAGCGAGCGGAAAAAGACCAAGGAGCAGAUAGCAGAGCUGAAGGCCAGUUUCAUGGCAAGCCAGUUUCCUGAUGAUGCAGAAGUCUACCGGCUUAUAGAGGCAACAGGUCUUUCCAGGAGUGAGAUCAAGAAGUGGUUCAGUGACCACAGGUACAGAAGUCAGAGGGGCAUUGUGCAAAUUCCUGGUGAUGCUUUAGGGAAAGAUCAAAUAGCACCUUCAGCUGGGCGACAUGGCCGGUCGUUUCACCCGUACACAGAUUUCACUCCCCAGAGAUUCAAAGAGAAAACUCAAGAGCAGCUUAGGGCCCUUGAGGAGAGUUUCUUAAAAUGCUCUUUUCCUACCCAGGGAGAAUUGGACAGGCUUCGAGUGGAGACUAAGCUGAGUAGGAGGGAGAUCGAUUCAUGGUUCUCUGAGAGGAGAAAGAUAAGGGACAGCAUGGAGCAAGCUGUCUUGGACUCAAUGGGAUCAUACAGAAAAAUUAAGGAUCAAGGAACUCCCAAUGGUGCAAUAAGCCAGGCAGAACUUCUGAGUAGCUCUCAACUCCCUGGUGCUUUAUCCGGGUCCUCCACCACACUGAAGAAAACACAAGAGCAAAUUCAUCUAUUGAAAAGCACAUUUGCAAGGACCCAGUGGCCGUCACCCCAGGAGUAUGACCAGUUAGCAUCUCAGACUGGGCUCACAAGAACUGAAAUAGUUCGCUGGUUCAAGGAAAACAGGUCUUCGCUAAGAACAGGGUCACUUAAGUGGAUUGACCAGUACCAGCAGCAGUAUGCUGGUGAUGGUCGUAACAAGCAAAGCCAGAAAAAGAGCUCAAAACACGGCGAGAGUCCAAAGAAUGGUAAUGAGGUGUCUCGACAGCAUUACCAGGAGCAUAAAAAACUGAAUGAAGAGAAUGGGGGGAAGCCAGUGGUGAGAGCAAAAAGAGACUGCGAACCACUGAAAGACUCUUUGUUGGGGAAUCAAGCAGAGGGUGUGGACAGGCUGGAGUGCAACAGCCACGAUGGGCACGGCAGCGAAGAGAACGAGGAGCCGGCAGAGGUCAGCUGGGUGGAGGUGACGGUGGGCGAGGAUGACGCUGCCUCGGACUGUACGGACAGCUGGAGCCAAACAGCCCCCGAGGGCCACACAGAGCUGGCAGACUUGGACUCAGAAAGUAUAUCUGGAGACAAUUCCCACGUAUAGACAGGGUUACUCCUCAGCUGCACUGUCCUGAUGUUGAAGGGGAAAUGCUGUCUGAAAAUAGAAGAAAACUCUAUUUUCCUGCCUGGGUGAGAGAGUGUGUUGUGACUCCAGGUCUCAAACUGUGCUUGUGGAGGCACAGCAAGAAAUACUCUCUUGGAGCGUCGUCAUGGAAUUCUUGAUAGUGCCAAAGUCCUACUACUGCAUUGCAAAGGAGAAGAAAGAAAAAGGAAAAGGUUCUUGUACAUAGUUUUCUCUUAGUUUCUCUCCCACCCACUUUCCUGCCCAGCCUCUUCCUCUACUGCAACAGAUUUGUACAACAUAAGAAUUUUGUUAAUUUUUUUAAUAGGUGCAAGUUAUUCUUGCAUAUAAUGCAAUUGAGAAAUUUUGGGGUUGGUUGGGGAGAGGGAAGUGUCUUUUGUGGAGGAGGGAGGUAUGGGUUUUUUUUUCCUGAAGAGUUCUAAGAAAGAGUUGCAAUCCUUUGGAGUUGUCUUGGUGCAGAUCAACACCUGAGCCCAGAUCCCCACUCCAGUUUACAUUUCAGACCAGUUAAACAUGUUCUGGAGCAGUGGGGUUUGAUUUUUUUGUUAUGUUGUUUUGACUUUUUUGUUUUGUUCUAUGGCCACCUGCUACUGAUUGAAGUAUUUAAAUCUCUGCUUUUCCAUGCUCCUACAAGGCAAGUCUUCUCCAGCUCCUGUACUUCACUUUUCACCAGCCAGCCCCACCUAUGGGUCUCUGAAGAUUUGGCUGGAAUGCCUUUUAUUGAUUAUUGGUUUGGUUUUGGGGUCCUUUUUUUUAGCACUUUCUGUUUAAACAUGCAGUACAACUCCCAGAGGGGUUGGAAUGAGGAAAUUAGGAUGCUUCAUAAUCCAAACUUAUUUGUGUUUCUUUGUCUGGUACAGCGAUGGACACCAUAACCAGCAGUCUGCCCUCCAGCUUUAGACCUUGUAGCGCACAGAAGUUUCUUAUUAAUCCUUACCACUAAAUUUUUAGAUCAUUCCUAGGUUCCUGAGUGCACUUUUUUUCAAAUACUGCUAAUUUGGCUUUGCGUGGGGAUGUCUGUCUGUGCAUGUGUGAGGAGGGAAUGGAGGGAGAGCAGGAGCCUGGGGGCAAGAGCUGUCUGAGGAGCUGGGCUGGAAAACUUGUCCACCUUUCAGUACGCUGCACAAAUAGGAUGCUAGGGAGUUUGAAUAAACCCAACUUUUCUAACUUGUUGCUCAUUUGUUGUAACUCAAUAAAACAAAGGCUAAAAAUUUUGCUAA